ACGCGAACAGCUCCUUUCGCGCAUUUUACAAAGCUGAACUCACGAAAAUAUUAACAACCUUUCGUUUAUUAAAUACGGUCUUUUACGGGAAGAAUUUCACUUGAAGAAGGUGGGUCAUCAUUCGGGAGAAGAAUUUCUAACAACUUUUAAACAUCGACACAGUCUAUCGAAUUCACUGAAAUAUUCAUUUACAUGGAAAUCUGCAAACGAAGUCGCUACCAGUCGUGAGGGACCUCGGUACGACUGUCGCGAAAAGACAUCUGUAUUCCACGAAAGUACUGCUGAUUAUACGUUGAAGGUUCGAACAUCGAUGAAGAAGUUCAAGCAAUGAUUAAAAUGAUUAUUUUGCAAAUCGCACUAUAUUUGGCCGCCUUCAAUGCCCCUUGCCUCCACGCCAGUGGCUAUUCCAGCGAACAAUGCUCACAGAAGAACGGCGAUUGUGACGAAAAUGGGUCCAUAUUGGUAAAAGCGACGGAAUCUAACAACAAGGAUUCGGGGAGCAUUUCCAAAAUUGAGGAAGAACUGAACGAUCUGCGCUCAAAGUUAGCUGAUUCUCCCGAGUCUCAACAAAAACUUGAUGAGGUAACGGACUGGGUGAAAAAGCAGAAAGACAAAAACAAAGGCAGAACAGAUAAGAAACCUUUUGAAGAAAUAGACAAAGUUCUAAAAACCACGGUGAAUAGCAUUGAAAAAUUUAAAACCAAAGAUCAUCUGCAAAUUACAACGGGUGUCCUGGACAUUGUCUCAAGUUUUACAAACCUGGUUGAUGUUGGGAAACCUUACGGGUUUGUUAUUCGGAGUCUUUGGGCUGGUGUGAGCAGGUUGUUGACAGAAAGUAAACCUAAUGAACCGAAUGUAGUGGAUCAAGUGGCAAAAGUUGUACACGAUGAGAUGGCUCACUUUAACAGAAGGUUGCAGGAUCAAAAAUACAACGGUCUGAAACGCCGCGUCUCCGAUCAGAUUCUCCAGUUCCGGCGCAUGAAGCCAGGAGAGAAAUUAGACGACCCUAACUUGUGGAAUGACUACGUGCAGUUUUUGGGUGAGCUUGCGAUCAGAUUCGAAUAUCCAGUUCCCUUCAAGUAUGAAUACAGUCAGCUGACAGAAGAUCCCGAUGUGGCAGAUUUCGUAACAGCUGUAGUUACGUACUCCGAAGCUCACUCUUGCUUCAUGGCUCUACUGUUCGUUGCCAAAGCAGUUUAUACAGACUUUGGCAUCGCGCAUGAAAACGACGUAGCCACUGUGGAUCGAAAAAUGGAUUGUCAAAUCAAUGAUGCUAAAGAAAAACUUUCUUUUCUGUCAGAGGACAGAUUUUUGACAUUUCGAGGAAAACUUGAUGGUGGAAAACUUACAAAAAUUGUAGCUUUAAGCAGAAGUAUCCGUGGAAGAAGCCUGGUGGAAACCGUUCGACACAGCCUAGGUUUGUCGCCAAUGCACCAGCUAUCAACAGUUGAGUCUUCUGCGAGAAAAGUGGAUAAACAGUCAGUGAAGUUGAAGUCAGUACAGAUCUGCAAUUGGUUUCUGCUCCAGUAUGGUGGUAUCAGAUUUUCCAUUCAGUUUAUCAAUGGUGCGGACUUUCCAAUGAAGAUUUUCUCGGGCGAAGUCGGCUGGAGUCAAGGAAACCAACUGAAGUUUGUACAAACGGUUCAGCCUAGCGGUCGGCAUCAUAUUGGUCUUCCUUUCUCGUUCUCCACUGCCGGCUUCUUAAUUCUGGAUGUAAACAACGUCCUAGGCUCCGAUGUAGCUAUGGAGCCACCUCCGGAAUAUACCAGGGUUAUCGAAUUUGCAGUGUCGAAUGUUUUUUUCGACACUAAGAUUAGCAUGCAAGACAAAACGGAUGCAGGGUUUUCCCGCGGUCUGGUCACCCUAAACGAGAGAUCUGAAGAUGCAGUUACUCUGUUCUUUUCUGAAGGCGGAAAAUAUUACAUCGCCAAAGCUGAGAUUUUUGUUUGUUGGCCGGAUCGCAUUUGGCGCUUUGUCGUUCAAGACUUUGACCCAGAAGCCGUUAGAGACUAGUGAGUCGAUCAAUUCGAAGCCUCAACAUCCCCUCCCCUGAGGGGGUCCACCGGGCUUUUGACCUUUUGAAGAUUGGUUUGUUCAAGUUGCCGCCCCUCGGGUCAAAAUUGCUUUCAAAUGCCCUACCCAAAUGAACUCAAAUCCACACUCUAGCUUUUAAAAAUUCCCUCAAAACUUUUGCUCAGUUUUUGUAUACCUUUUCAACUGAGCCAUUCGCUCACGAAAGCGACCUCUUUACCUCUUUAAAAACUCCUCCAUACUGUAAAAUUACACACGUGCAUUCCGUUAGGAAGACUUGACACAUUCAGUUCAAAUUCCCCACCUAACCCAGGCAAGGUUCAAAUUCCCCACUCCUGGGGCACGGAUGACGAUCAGAUCCUCAGGAGUGGAUGUUGAAGCCUCGAAUUGAUCAGUACAUAACAGCAUAACAGCUUAGUUCCCAGGAUGUCUCUUCUUCACACCCCUCUUUGAUGAGGGGGGGGGGGGAGAUCCUAUUAACAAAGUUGCUUGCAGAGGCAGGGGGGUUGUUCAGCAAAUCUAGAGAAGGCAGCUCAAAGAGUUGUUGCAAGAGCACAAGACAUCUCCCCUCUACUAGCUAUGGUUGAAGUGACUCUAUAGGUUUCCCCUGCUAGACUACCUUUGAAUACCAUCAUUUAACAUCAAAAUUUAGGACAACAAAACAGGACACUUAAAUGCUUUCCAAACACCUGAUAAAAAUUUUAUAAACCCAUGAACAAAAAAUAAUAGCAUAGCAAAGAAAGUGCAGUUCACCAUUGAGACAAAAGGAAAAAAUCAAAACAUAUCGAUGGAAAAAAAAGAAACAUCAGUACCUAUCGCUAUGUAAAUAUUUGUGUUCCACAGGCAAAAAUAUCCGACAUUAGUACAGAACACUAAAUGGAAAAUGAGGAUGGGCUGCAUCUCUUGCAACUUUCUUUUCGUCCACUUGAAAAUCCAAACUAUCACAGCAAACAUGUAAGAUCUCUUUGUUAACAUUUUGUACUGUAUAUAUUUUUAUUAAACCUUUCACUUACUUGAUCUCAAAAGUAAUUCUCAAUACUAUCUGUCAUACAUUUCCUCUAAAGUCAGUUCUGAGAAUUUAGCAAUGGAUCAACUGCUAAUCCCCUGGUUGAGAUUUUGUUUGUUCUCAUCAUCUUUCUUCUUGAUAUUGUAUUGCACAGUGAGAAGAAAUUACUCAUGGUAACUUCACAAAAAUGAAAGGGCUACUGAUAUAAUUCAUUUCCGUGCGCUUUGUUCCUGAAAACCCCAUGCCCUUUACAGAGAAAAUCACAGGUUUAAACUUUUCACCCCCAGGAGAGACUAACAUCUACUUUCUCCUAACAGUAUCCCUGCUGCAUCAAACAUUAGGGUCAUUAGAAUAAAGGAAAUGAUCAGCAACCAAUGAAGCUCUCAAUUGUUAAAUUCUCUAUUUCAAAAGCACAAGAAAUAUUAUAUUAAGGUGUAGAGGGAUCAACCAGUGCUGCUCAAGAAAUCUUCCCUUAAGGUAUUAUCCCUGGAGGAGGGGGAAAGAAUUCAAAACAGCAGCUGAAAUUGAGCCAAUAAACUUCAAAGCUAAGGGUUGGACUGGUCAUGAGAAUAAAGACCACCUAUUGCA